AUGACACAUAUUGCUGUUAAUUUUCCAUUCACCUUCAACAAUUUUGCAGAAAAAAAGUUAAAUGUGAUGUUGUCUUUCAUACACAUCUCUGUUCUAAUAGACAAGAUUAUUUCAUUGCGUUUAAACAUAUCUGUCAAUAAUUUGGUCUCAUCUCAACAGAAGAAAAUAUUUGAACAAUAA